UAGGGCGGGGCGGGAGGCAAACGCAGCACUUUCGCGGCUUUGACAAGCCCGCAGCGGCCGGGCUGGAACGCUGAGCCCGGCCGAGACUGCGCCAUGCAGGAAGCGCCAGCUGCGCUGCCCACGGAGCCAGGCCCCAGCCCGGUACCUGCCUUCCUCGGCAAGCUAUGGGCUCUGGUGGGCGACCCAGGCACCGACCACCUCAUCCGCUGGAGCCCGGUGAGGGCUGGGGCCCCUCAACUCCCUCAGUGGUCCCCGGGGUCCCUCCAGUGUCUGUGAACACCCAAGUCCACCCAGCCCCCGCCUGGGACUGGGCUAGUGGGACCAGCUUCCUCGUAAGUGAUCAGAGCCGCUUCGCCAAGGAAGUACUGCCCCAGUAUUUCAAGCACAGCAACAUGGCGAGCUUUGUUCGCCAGCUCAACAUGUACGGCUUUCGGAAGGUGGUGAGCAUUGAGCAAGGUGGCCUGCUCAGACCAGAGCGUGAUUACGUUGAGUUCCACCAUCCAAGCUUCGUGCGGGGCCGUGAGCAGCUACUGGAGCGCGUGCGCCGCAAGGUACCUGCGCUGCGAGGCGAGGACAGUCGAUGGCGGCCCGAAGAUCUGGGCAGACUGCUGGGAGAGGUGCAAGCUUUGAGGGGAGUGCAGGAGAGCACCGAGGCCCGGCUGCAGGAACUCAGGCAGCAGAACGAGAUCUUGUGGCGAGAGGUGGUGACCCUGAGGCAGAGCCACAGCCAGCAGCACCGGGUCAUCGGCAAGCUAAUCCAGUGCCUGUUUGGGCCACUUCAGACAGGGCCCAGCAGUACAGGGACCAAGAGAAAGCUGUCCCUGACACUAGAUGAGGGGAGCUCAUGCCCAGCUGCUGCCAAAUUCAGUGCCUGCCCCCUGUCUGGUGCUCUCCUCCAGGACCCCUACUUUAUUCAGUCGCCCCUCCCAGAGACUACCUUGGGCCUCAGCCCUCACAGGGCCCGAGGAGGGCCCAUCAUCUCUGACAUCCCAGAAGAUUCCCCCUCUCCUGAAGGGCACAGGCUUUCUCCCUCCAGCGGUGGUAGGAGGGUGAAGGGCCUGGCACUGCUCAAAGAAGAGCCGGCCAGUCCAGGGGGGGAUGGCGAGGCCGGGCUGGCCCCGGCCCCAAACGAGUGUGACUUCUGCGUGACAGCACCCCCACCGCUGCCCGUGGCUGUGGUGCAGGCCAUCCUGGAAGGGAAAGAGAGCUUCAGCCCCGGGGGGCCCAGGAGUGUACAACAGCCCGAACCAAGGGGCCCUAGGGAGGUGCCUGACAGGGGAACUCUGGGCCUGGAUCGGGGUAACCGGAGCCCAGAGAGUCUGCUGCCCCCAAUGCUGCUUAGGCCUCCCCCUGAAACGGUGGAGCCCACGGCACCCAUGGAUGUGCUGGGCCCUAGCCUGCAAGGACAGGAAUGGACCUUGAUGGAUUUGGACAUGGAGCUGUCUCUGCUUCCAGCUUCUGGGCUCCCUUCUCAGCUGCCUUCUGGGGGUUCUCUCAUGCAGAUGCAGCCCUUGGCUCCAGAGAGGGGUGAAGCUGAGCUGACAGUCAAGGAGUUGAAUUCUUCAGGUGUAGGGAAAGACCACAUGCUGGGAACCCCACUCCUGCUGGACGUUCAGACGGACUUGGAGGGUGCAACCCUGUCUGUGCCCGGGGCUUUAACCCUUUACAAUGCCCCUGAGAGCAAUGCCUCCUACUUGGAUCCUAGAGCCAGUCCCUCCUCCCCCUGAGACCCGCACCCCUCUGAAAAAGCCUGGCUAAGGAACCAGCACGCAGCAGCACACUCCUUUAGGCUUCCCGGCGCCCCAUACACACACCCCCGGGACGUGAGAAAAGGCCCCAGUAUUCCGCAGCCUCUCCCCACAAUCCCAGCGAGCCCAGCAACAUAAACUGCAUUCCACCA